AUGGCGCGUCAUUGGAGAGGGACGAUGAUGGCGGCGGUCGGUGCACCAGAAGUGAUCACACAGCUGGAAAGCGCUGCCAAAGUUUUAAUGGCACCGCCGUCCAUGGUCAGCACAGAACAGAGGCAGCAUGCUGAGCACGUAUUCCUCUCCUUCAGGAAGUCCAAAUCCCCUUUUGCCAUCUGCAAGCACAUCUUAGAGACCAGUAAGGUGGACUAUGUGCUGUUCCAGGCAGCCACAGCCAUCAUGGAGGCCGUUGUGCGGGAGUGGAUCCUGCUGGAGAAGACCAGCAUCGAGUCGCUUCGGACAUUCCUCCUCACCUACGUCUUACAGAGACCCAAUCUGCAGAAGUAUGUCCGCGAGCAGAUCCUGUUGGCGGUGGCGGUCAUCGUGAAGAGGGGCUCUCUGGACAAAUCUAUCAACUGCAAAAGCAUCUUUCACGAGGUCGGGCAGCUCAUAAGCAGCGGGAACCCCACAGUGCAAACGCUGGCCUGCUCCAUCCUGACGGCUCUGCUCAGCGAGUUCUCCAGCUCCAGCAAGACCAGCAGCAUCGGCCUCAGCAUGGAGUUUCACGGCAGCUGCAAGCGUCUGUUUCAGGAGGAGGGCCUGCGUCAGAUCUUCAUGUUGACCAUGGAGGUGCUGCAGGAGUUCAGCCGCCGAGAAAACCUCAACGCCCAGAUGUCGUCUGUCUUCCAGCGCUACCUGGCUCUGGCCAACCAGGUCCUCAGCUGGAACUUCCUGCCCCCCAAUCUGGGGCGCCACUACAUCGCCAUGUUCGAGGCCACGCAGAACGUCACGCUCAAGCCUACGGAGUCCUGGAGGGAAGCGCUGCUGGACACCCGCGUCAUGGACCUCUUCUUCACCGUACAUAGGAAGAUUCGGGAGGACUCGGACAUGGCCCAGGACUCGCUGCAGUGCCUGGCCCAGCUGGCCUCCAUGCAUGGGCCCAUCUUCCCCGACGAGAGCGCCCAGGUCUCCUACCUGGCUCACCUGGUGGAGGGCCUGCUGAGCAUGAUCAACGGGAUUGAGAUCGAGGACUCGGAGGCAGUGGGCAUCUCCAAUAUCAUCUCCAAUCUGAUCACCAUGUUCCCUCGAAGUAUUUUAACAGCGCUGCCCAGCGAUCUCUUCACCUCCUUCAUCAACUGCCUCACGUUGCUCACCUGCUCGUUUGGACGCAGUGCUGCCCUUGAAGAGGUGCUGGACAAGGACGACAUGGUUUACAUGGAGGCCUACGACAAGCUGCUGGAGUCCUGGCUAACGCUCGUCCAGGACGAGGAGCAUUUUCCUCGUGGCUGCUUCGUCCAGCCGGCGAUCCAGGUCUUCAACUCGUAUAUCCAGUGUCAUUUGGCUGCUCCUGACGGCACACGCAAUCUGUCAGUGAAUGGCAUAUCGUCUCAUGAGGAGGAAGAGAUCAAUGAGCUGCAGGAAGAUGACAGGGAGCUUUUCUCAGAUCAGCUGUCCAGCAUUGGCAUGCUGGGGCGUGUGGCUGCUGACCACUGUAUUCCCCUCCUCACAAGCCUGCUGGAGGACCGGGUGACACGGCUGCACGGUCAACUCCAGAGGACACAGCAGCACCUCAUGGCCUCAUCCGACCCCGGAUCAGUGGACCGCAAAGUCCUGGAUGACCUCUACGAGGACAUCCACUGGCUCAUACUGGUCUCAGGGUAUCUAUUAGCAGACGACCCUCAGGGGGAAACUCCGCUGAUCCCCUCAGAGGUGAUGGAGUUCUCCAUCAAACACUCGACGGAGGUGGACAUCAACACGACGCUGCAGAUCCUGGGCUCACCGGGAGAGAAGGCCUCGUCCAUACCGGGCUGCAACCGCACAGACUCGGUCAUCAGGUUGCUGUCAGCGGUGCUGCGGACGUCAGAGGUGGAGUCCAGGGCGUCGAGAGCGAGCCUGACAGAGCUGCUGAGCCCGCAGAUGGGAAAGGACAUCGUGUGGUUCCUUAGACGCUGGGCCAAGACGUACCUGUUGGUGGACGAGAAGCUCUACGAGCAGAUCAGCAUGCCCCUGAGCACAGCGUUUGGGGCGGACACAGAGGGGGCCCAGUGGAUUGUGGGAUAUCUUCUGGAGAAGGUGAUCAACAACCUGUCCGUGUGGAGCUCAGAGGCUGAGUUGGCCAACGACACGGUGGAGCUGCUGGUGACGCUGGUGGAGAAGAGGGAGAGGGCGAACAUCGUGGUGCAGUGUGAGAGCUGGUGGAACCUGGCGAAGCAGUUUGCCAGCCGCAGUCCGCCUCUCCACCUGCUGUCCAGCUCCGUGCAGAGGUCUCUGAUGAAGGCUCUGGUCCUCGGAGGCUUCGCACACAUGGACUCUGACACCAAACAGCAAUACUGGGCCGAGGUGCUUCACCCUCUUCAGCAGCGUUUCCUCAACCUCAUAAACCAGGAGAACUUCGCUCAGAUCAGCCAGGAAGAAGCCGUGAAACAGGAAAUCGUCGCCACGUUAGAGGCGCUGUGCGGCAUCGCAGAGGCGACGCAGAUAGACAACGUGGCCUCGCUCUUCUCUUUCCUCAUGGACUUCUUGUCCAGCUGCAUCGGCCUCAUGGAGGUUUACAGCAACACGCCCGAAACAAUCAACCUCAUUAUCGAGGUUUUUGUGGAAGUGGCUCACAAGCAGAUCUGCUACCUGGGCGAGACUAAGUCCAUGAAGCUGUACGAGGCGUGUCUGACGUUGCUGCAAGUCUACUCCAAAAACAACCAGAGCAGGAAGCGAAGCGACGCCACAGCCGAGGAGGACCAGUACCAGGACCUGCUGCUCAUCAUGGAGCUCCUCACCAACCUGCUGUCCAAAGAGUUCAUCGACUUCAGCGACACGGACGAGGUGUUUCGAAACCAAGACCAGGGAACGCCAGCUUCCAAUAGGACAGUAUCAGCAGCAGAUGUGGUUCUUUAUGGCGUCAAUAUUGUUCUUCCACUCAUGUCUCAGGACCUGCUCAAGUUCCCCUCUCUGUGUAACCAGUACUACAAGCUCAUCACCUUCAUCUGUGAGAUCUUCCCAGAAAAGAUCCCACAGCUGCCGGAGGACCUCUUCAAGAGCCUCAUGUUCUCCCUGGAGCUGGGAAUGACCUCGAUGAGUUCAGAGAUCAGCCAGCUGUGUUUGGAGGCUUUGUCUCCUCUGGCUGAACAGUGCGCCAAAAACCAGGAGAAAGACACGCCCCUCUUCAUCGCCACCCGUCACUUCCUCAAGUUGGUGUUUGACAUGCUGGUCCUGCAAAAACACAACACAGAGAUGACGGUGGCGGCAGGAGAGGCUCUUUACACGCUCGUGUGCCUGCACCAGGCGGAGUACUCGGAGCUGGUGGAGACUCUGCUCUCCUCUCAAAGAGACGCCGUCAUCUACCAGCGGCUGGCCGACGCCUUCAACAAGCUGACGGCCAGCAGCACGCCGCCCACCAUGGACCGAAAACAGAAGGUCGCCUUCCUCAAGAGCCUGGAGGAGUUCGUGGCCAACGUGGGCGGCCUGCUCUGCGUGAAAUAACCACUGGAAAACCGCCUCCGCCUCGAAUCAUCGUUUUGAAAAGCAACCAAUCAGAGAGACCCCCCACCCCCACCCCACCCCACCCCACCCCCGCUUCAUCCCUAUGAACUAUGGGUAGAGGAGACAGCUCCUGAGGACCUCUCUGUCUCUGCACCUGCAGGGGAAUCCAUCUCAUAUCUGAAUGUUGACCCUGUUUACACCUCCUGGGAUUUCUUUUUAGUCCCCCCCCCCCAAAAUCCCACCCUUCUAACUUGAUUGACAGACUUGAUGAUGAUGAUGAUGAUGUGGUAACCAUGGAGACUGAACUCCUGCCCUGUUGGACUGAAGCGACGGAGCGCUGACCAACAUGACGACGAGAGGCGGAGCAGCGGCUGAUGUUGAAGGGGUCGUCCUCCCCCUCCACCUCCUCACGUGCCUGGAGGCCGCCGGAGCGUGCGCGCGCACGUGUACGCACGCACGCGCGCACACACACACACAGUUACAUUGAGGGAUAACAGGUUGCUGUUAUUGAAAAGUGAAGGAGAAGUUUUUUCCAGUGUGAGGUUUUGCAGAUGAAGAUAUCGGAGGGGCCUUGGCAACACACACACACACACACUCGUCAUUUUAACAGUUUCAACUCUGCCACACACACACACGUCGCCCCAAUCCUUCCCAGAGUGCCUUUGUUUUGUUCAUCGUUCUGUGUUUGUGUGUGUGUGUGUGUGUUUUUGUGUGUGAAUUAUGUCCUACAUCUACUGACAACAAAUUUCGACUGUGCCUGCCGUUCGCCAAAAAAAUGCAGCAGAUGCACGCACUCACAAACACACACACGCAGACACGAACACGCACGUGCACACAACGUUCACACACGUGAAAUGUUGCCAUGACGACAGAGGUAUAGCCGGCCCGGCUGUCUUUGGGCUUGCUGAACCACACAGCACAGGAGGGCGUUUGUUGUUUGUUUGUUGGCGAUGACAGAAAACCAAAAUCAGAUUGUGUUUCACUAAAGGGUGUACACAUAUAUAUAUAUCUAUAUAUAUAUAUAUGUGUGUAUAUAUAUGUUUUCAAACCAGAAACCAUGAGAAAUGUGCAUUCAAAGAAAAAAACAAAACAGACUGAAAUGUUUUUAUAUGCCAGUUGGCGGCAGGAAGAGUCGCAUGAGUUCAACGUAUGAAUUCAGCUAAAGAGGGAGCAACUUUUGUCUGUUUUGACCUUUUUGCAGUUUGAUAUUUUGGAUUGUAGUAUUAUGUUGCAGCCCCCUCCCUCCGGACGGACGUAGGCCCGCGAGACGGAUCGAGGCCUCUAAACUUUAGCAGAUUAAUAUCGGUAGUGGUUUUUUUUUUUUU